GCAGUCUCGUUGAUCCGGCUGCGAGCAGUGCGCGCCGUGACGUGACAAUGGCGACAGUCGUAAUUGCGGUACGGUGCGUUACUGUGAUCAGCUGAUUGACCGAGCCCGAGAGAGAAAGAGGGAGCGAGAUAAAAGAAGCGCGCGGGCGUUCCAAAAAAGGAAGAAGCCGAAAGAGAGGCCACUCGCAAGAUCGCCUCGCGCUUGCCAUGUCGUCGCUCUCGUAAUCAGCUCGAUCAGGUGGUGUGCUCCUAGUUUCCUCGCGUAGUAUAUGAAUUAUACAGUGUGUUCCCUCGCCGCCCCCGCGGCGGCUCCAUAAUUCCCUCCGCCGUUGCCACGCGUGUACCCUCCGUUCUCGAUCUGUGUUGUGUCUGUGUGGCACGUAUGCGAGGGGUUCGCACGAUCGGUAGAUAAAUGUCUCUCAGCCAUGCCCGCCGUGCGGAAGUACCGAAGGGAUACCAGCGAGGUGAGCUGCUGCCUCAAGUACGUGAUCUUUGGAUUUAACGUCAUGUUCUGGUGGCUCGGUCUGGGCAUCAUGGCGGUGGGCGUCUGGGCAUGGACCGAAAAGGACACCUUCAACAACCUGUCCCGCCUCACGAACGUCGCACUCGAUCCAGCAUUUAUCCUCAUUCUAGUCGGUACAGUGACAUUUAUCAUCGGUUUCACGGGAUGCGUCGGCGCGCUGCGGGAGAACACAUGCCUCCUCGCUGCGUACGCGAUAUUUCUGGCGCUACUACUGCUAAUGGAAAUGACUGCCGGUGUCCUAGGAUUCAUUUUCAAAGAUUGGAUAAAGUCACAAGCUACGGGAGGCUUCCAAGCGUUCAUUAUCCACUAUCGGGAGGAUCCUGAUCAGCAGAAUCUCAUUGACUGGAUCCAAGAAGACUGGUUGCAAUGUUGCGGCAUCGAGGGCCCAAAGGAUUGGGACCGCAACAAUUAUUUCAAUUGUUCGUCGAGCGACAUCGGCUCGAGGGAAGCGUGCGGCGUGCCUUUUAGCUGUUGCAAGCGAAAACCUAAUGAAAUUAUUAAAAAUAAACAAUGCGGCUAUGAUGUUAGAAAGCCUAGUUAUACGGGGGAGAGGAGUAUAUUCGAGCGGGGUUGCCUAAGAGCGGGCGAGGAGUGGCUAGAAUUGAACCUCGUACCCGUCGCUGGUACCGUGGUCAGCACCAUGGUUCUGCAGAACUUUGAGGUCGCCAAAGUGAUUUACGAAAAAGGUUGCAUACAGGCCGGCGAAGAGUGGAUGGAGCGUAAUCUCCUCGCGAUUGCCAGCGGUGUGGUUGGUACGGCAUUCGCUCAGAUUUUGGGAAUCUGCUUCGCGCAAAACUUGCGCGCGGAUAUAUUCGCGCAAAAGGCGAAGUGGCAUUGACAAUCGCGUGCCCCCACGGCAGUUUAGCAUCUUGUAUUUAUAGAUGCUAACCGGCUACGUUGAUCGAAUUAUACAAGGUCUCGACGCGGACUCCGGAGCUUCGACGAGUGGACCAAUUGAAUCUUCCUUUAAAUGAAGAGAAAAACAUGAAUCCCUUCGAAGGAUUUUCACAAUGGAGGCAAAAAAAAAUAUCGUUAGACGAGUUGGUGCCGAUAUACCGUUAUCUUUGCGAUUCGUCGACGAUAAUCAAAUUCGCCGAUGUUACGUUCGUGCAGCUCAAAUCCUUCGACUUGUAAAUAUCCGAGAAACUUCGCAAUUGCACGCGACGAUCCCCGUCCUACUCUUUCGAUACCGUCCAAUCGAUUAACGCCUUGAUUAUAUGUCAGAUAAUGAGAGAAAUUGAUUGUUUUCCGACUUCAUUCUUAUCCGUCGCGCCUUAAUUAAUUUUGUUCUUAGAUAGAUUUCUUAUUGUAAAUAGAGUGAAAACAAUCUUCAAAAGUAAUAACAAAUUUUGUAAAUAUACUGACAAGCGUUAUUUGUGGCAUUUUGUAAAAUUUAUUUUUAUUAUUUUAUAAAAAAAUAAAAACAGAUGUAAUUUCUUAUUUGUAUUAACAUAUGUAAGCUAAAAUGAAAACUAUUUAUCCAUAUAAUUCCAUCAUACAGACUAAAAGAAUUAAUUUUUUUUUGAUAUCGCAUUUAAAUCGGUCAUAUAUAUUUAAAAGUCGAAUUGCUUAAAACUUUAAUAAAUUAUAUAAUCUGAAUAAAAUUUUUCUCUUGUAUAUUUAUCGCGUGCACAUUUCUGUUAAUUAAAAUUAAUUUCUCUCGCUAUCAGACAACAUCGGCGAGAGGACGAUAAUCGUCGCGCACGUCCAACAGCGAGGUUUCUCGACGCGAGAGCAUCGCAUGAUAUCGUCACGAAACGUCCAAAGUAACGUUUGUCUUCAUCACGGAAGCGGAACGUCUCGAUAUUUCAUCUCGACGUUGCUGCCUGCGAAACGUAUCUACUUCUUUGCGAGAAAUCGCGCACCAAAAUAUUUCGCUCAAGAAUUGCAAAAGACAGACAUCUGCUUUCAAAUCUUAUACGAAUCCGCACUCAAAUCUACAACUUUUUUUUUUACAUUUAUGUGAUAAUUCAUUCUUUUACUUUGAGUCAUUCUGUGAAACGCGCUCGAGAUGAAUCAAAAAAAAAUUUUAGAUUUUCUUGUACAAAAUUUUGUAUUAUUUUGCUUUAUUCUUAACAAUCAAAAAUUUUUUGAGAUAUAUAUAGUUAUAUAUAUAUAUAUAUAUAUAUAUAUAUAUAUAUAUAUAUAUAUUAUCAAUUUGAAGUACAAGUGUCUUAAGUGACAAGAGCAUAGGACAAGGAAUUUGAUUGUACAAAAUGGAUAUCCUCGAAUCGAAAAACGACUUGUUCUAUAGAAUCACCUCUCAACCCGAGUCAACAAGCAAUCACAAGUGGCACUUAAAACGGCGCGAACUCGAUUCCACUGAGAAUCGAUACUCCUAGAACAAACAAUAAGAUCUCAUCCUGUGCCUGGUACUUGCAAUUCGAUUUCUCUCGAGAUGUCUCGGCGCCGAUUACAUCAACAUCGAUUAUCGUCGUUUAAUCGCGGUUAGGUAAUUACAUUUUCACUCUCCACCUAUAACAACCUAUAAAGUUGAAGGAUUGCAGUUUGAAGAGGAACAGAAAAUUUUGUUAACCAAAGUUAGAAUCUAUCGAUUGUAGUUAACUGUCAGAUCUGAUUACAUCAACAUCAGCCAUCAUUAAUUGUGAUUAAUCAAUUAUUUUCCAAUGAAACUCAAUUCUACUAAUAAUAAAUACACACAUACGAGGAAACGAAUAUCCUGGUGGAAUUAAUCAAUCGAUGCAAUCGACCCUUACUAAAACUCGCGACUCGGAAUCGCUCGAACGUGACAAGAUUCGAAGGUCGACACGGUCGAUUGCGGAAUUUCGCUCGCAGACGGAAGAAGUCGAUACGUUUCGCGCGUUUAUUUAUGGAAAACACAGGCAAACAGGUCCCUCGUCUGGUCCGCGAACUACAAUGUGACGAACCAUUAAAGUCGAUCGACGUAACGUCGUCGUGGGGGCGCGGUGAACGAGAGAAGUCGACUUCACCGCACAACACUGAACCAACAACUUUCCGCCGUGACGGGGAAGAACGGCAGCCAUAGAACGCGCACGAGUAUAUAAUAACUUUCCCUUGUUCCAAACGCUCUCGUUAAAACGAUGAUAAUGGAUUCAUCGUACCAUUUCGGGCAUAUUGAUCCCACACACUGGCACAUUCCAUCCCUCCAUCAUCGGCGGGCCAGGUGUCCGUCGUACACCGCGUCUAACGCACGCACGUCAGAAAACACGUCAUUCAAAAGGGCCUCCUCGACCCUUCGAUCUACCCUAUAAUUGCCGCUAUUUAUCGCUAUGGUAACUGAAAAUGAGCACAAUGACGAGAAUUUCGUGAAUUUCAACGUAUUAAAUCCCGCAUUGCGUUUCAUUAUAAAAUUUACAUUUAAAUAAAAUUACAAGAGAGAAAAAUUUAAUCGUAAUGUCACAUUUACGUUUCCUUUGUUAAAAAUAUUGAAAAUUACACGUGACGAAUUUUAACGUUACAAUUUUAUUUGUGUAAAUAAACGCAAUUAUGAAUUGUGAUAAUCAUUUAAUUUGUUUAUAUUCAUCUGGAAUUCUUUGCGAGAAAAAUAAUAUCAAAAAGAUUUUGACAUGUGUUGUGAAGGGUCGAUGGUAAAUAUGAACGCAUUUUAUACCAUGUAUUAAAUUGCACAUGCAGUUGAAUGAAUUAUGUGCUUUACGUGGAUUACAUGCGGGUAGACGUGGUUGACGUAACGUGCUAACUUGGGCUGUUAAUAUUUAUAAAUCUUGUGUGCUAGGAUAUACACGACGGCCUUCCUUACAUAUUAAUUUAUGCUCGAACUUAAUAUCAACGGAGCAAAAAUUCGCAAGUAUAGUUGAGGAAAUAUUACGAGAUUUUCCUGAAUCUACGAAAAUUUAUUUCGUUGCUGUAAACAAAAGAGACUCAAAAUUAAAUUUUUUUUUCAAAAAUUUACAAUUAAUCGUGAAAAACAUUAUCGCGGCUGGCCCGUGUACAAAAUUGAUUAACUUACAAUAUUUUUAUUCAUCAACUUGCCGAUUUUCACGAGUAUAAGAUGUAACUUUUACAUGUUUUAUUGAAAAAAAAAAACACAGUUAUCUUGAAUAAAAAAAUUAAUAAAAAAAGACAAAAAGUGCAAUUGCUCAAUUUUUAAAUUUUGCAAAAUGCAUAUUGAAUCAAAAAGCAAGAGUAAAUCCAUCACAAUUCAUUUUCUCUAAUCGAUCUACGUGCCAAUCGAUUAUGUGAUAUAACUUGUUGCUAAACGGUUCGAGCAUGAAUGCGAAAUACGUCGUACAUGUAUCCUUCUUUUAAGACAUUUAUACAGAAUUCCCUGUAAAUCUCAUCAUAUUAGGUAAUCGAAUAUAUCGAUACAAUUAACAAGAAAUAUCCGUUGAAAAAACGCCGUUGUUAUUUUACAUACAAAGUUUGCUGUACGAAUUAUUGUCGACUCACCCUAGGAACACUUCUAUCAUAAGUACACGAUGUUAAUCCGUGAUGUUAAUUAGUCAUACUUCGUUUCGCCGUAUAAAGGGAGUUAAUUUAAGCGAUGAUUGUAAUUCCUUACGAGCCACUGACGCGAAUGUGAAAACACGGGUUUAGCAAAGCGGCUGUGUUAUUUAAGACGAAUAAUACUCUUUUCAUAGAUAGUUGUUUUUAAUGUUGUUUCCCUAUCUGUCUCUCUCAUGUGUUCUAUAACGAUGGCAGAGCGGCGAAUGUUUACAUAUGUGCGCGACAGUUGUAUGUGUAUACAAGAUCUACUUUAUCGAGAUGAAAAUAUAGAAAAAAAUAUCACACAUUCCCUAGUAAAAUAAGAAUGACUGUUUUAGAAAAAUACGUUUUAAUAUACGUAACACAUACGUAAAGUGUAUGUCAUGAUUUCUAUAUUUUAUUCAUAAGUGCGCGAUAAGCACAGAUACAUCUAGAUUACGUCUAGUACAAAAUCGUCGAAACAAUUUGCUAAACCCGACAUUCCCGGUUCGUGCAUCGUUCCAUUAAUUUGAUUUGUUAACCUGAUCCGAUAUCCUCAUCGAGAAGGCAAUCUCACCCAAGAAUAUACGGAUCACGUAACACAAAUUAAAACCAGGUUCGAUUGGAAAAUAUAUUGUGUAAUACGUUAAGCGCGUUAAAGAAAAGUUGGUGCAAGUUGACUCGUUUUAUUUUUCUUUGUAAGAUUUUCAAUUUUCCUCCUUAAAUUUACUCAAGUAACGGAUAAGUAUAUUGAUCAUCAUGCUUCUCCGUUUCGCAUCACACGAUCGUUAAAAUAUCAGUUGCUUAGAUUCAUAAGGCGUCAAAUUUUACCGUAAGAUCAAGCCAGUAAUCUCUGGUUAAGUGUUUAAUAUUUAAUUUAAUUAUUUGCGAGAAAUCUACGCUACAACCGUCCUUUGGAUAUAAAAUUCAAUUUAAGAUCAAUUUUAUUUUUAAAACGCGAUAUUAUAAUCUGCCAUAUCUCCCGUCGCACUUUUAUAAUUCCAUAAAUCACUUAUAAUUAGCAAUCUCUACUGGAUUAUAUUUGACGAUUAUAAUUAACGAUUUUUAUUUUCUGUACGUACGAUUUAUCAUAUCUUUGUAAUCUCAUAAUUAUUACAAAACUGCAUAUUUCACUUUUUAGCGCACAAUAUCGUUUGCAUAUUCUUUUUUAUUAACUUUUUAUCUUAAUAAAGUUAUAUGGUUUACAUAUUUCUGUUUUGUUUUUCUUUUUUUCGUCUUUCACCAAUUUUAUUUUGCCAUCUAUAAUAUUUUGAUACUUUUGAUAAUAUAUCAUGUCUCUUUCAACUAUAAUAUUUGAUAUUUUUUAAUAUACAUAAUUAUUUUUUUAUGUUUAUACAAAAAAAAUUGUAAUUCUUUAAAUAUUAAAUAUUAGAAAAAAAUUUCCAUAAGUAUUUAUUCGUAUUUAGGGUGAUAUUUUUUACAAUAUCAUUGGAAGUACAUUUCGACAAGCAAUCUUAAGUGUUACUAAUAAAUAAUUGCAAUUGUCUCCGUAAAGUAAUCGAUAGAGUGACUCGACAAGCUAAACAUAACCAAAAUGAUAAUAAUUUAUAUCUUAUUAUCUGAUCCAUCUAUUGUCUUAUGGAGAGUUAUAUCAUUGUACUCCUUCUUUCAAUUCCUGUAAAUAUUGUAUAUUUACUUGUAAAAAAAGGACUAAGGAAGAGAAAGAGAGAGAGAUAGUUUAAUCGCUUGACCAACACCGUUACGGUAAAAAAAAAAUGAUGUAAUAUAAUGUUCUUUUCAUGUAAAAUAGAAAACAAGAUUUUUUGUCCAAUCAGCGCAUUUCAAAUCUUGUAAAUAUGUAAACCGCAUAUGCUAUCGUAUCGAAAUAAUCGGAAUAAAUCAAUUGUCGUGCCAAAAACUUCCAAGUCACAUUUCGAUAUAAUAUCGAUAAAUUCGAGAAAGUAGUCAGAAACAAAUGUAUAGAUGUACAAUUCAAGAGAGAGCUUAUUUCUCCAUAAAUUAUCUCAUGUAUAUAUUUUUAAAAUAUGAGAAUUAUAUAUCUAUUUCUCCCGUAUUUCUAAUAAAUAACUCGCCGUUUUUUUUUUUUUUUUUAUAUUAAAACAAUUUGGGGAAAUAAACUCUUCAGUUUAAAUUCCGUGUACAAGUCGCUAUUGUUCCAGAAACACCGAGAUAUAACGUAAUGACUAAAAAGUGAUGAUUAAAAAGUCCGCGCGACGUCCGAUUACACUAUGAUUAUAUUGCACAAUUAUAUUUUUUUCAUAUGAGACGCGUGUCUAUAUACGAUAAAUCUAAUGUAAAUAAGAGCGAAACACGUCCGAGUAGAGACUACCAACUGACCAGGCAGACCGAUGAUUUUUACAACGUUUCGAUCGUCUUAUCUUCACUGCGUUGAAUUGUAGCGAAAAAUUCUGAGCGAAUCGAUACGGAAAGUUUGUUAUUUCGAUGAUCGACCGAAUCGCACGGAAUCGCAAUGAAGCUUUCUCUUCGUGCCACGAAUGCGUUCAAUAUUGCUCGAAAAGAUUACGGAAUUCAAGUCCGUCAGUCGUACAAAAAUCUUUGCUAUGAAUAAAGUUGAUAUUAAUUGUGAUUACGAUUUACGUACUGCCUUAUUUUUACUAUAGCUUCUCGAUUUAAUGAUUGUGAGAUAUACGAUUGCCAAUCGUACUUCGAGCCGUCUGUGUAUGUCUGUAAUUACGACGACACUGCCAUUGUAGUGUUUGAUCUUUUGAUAAUUUGCGAUUUAUUAUAUCGGUACGGCUAUACAUAUGUAAUAUAGAUAAAUAGCACUCCUAAGUGUAAUCACAUUGUAAUUGAACUAAUGUAAAUAUACAGCCACAUAAUUUUCUUGUAAGGCUAAGAGAUUACUGUAAUGUUUUUAUGGACAGAAAAAUGGAUAUUUAUACCCGUCAACAUGUAAAAGAGUCAAUAAAAAUUACGAUAAUUGAUACUUUUGCACAA